AGGAGAUAUCUCUCUUGGUGAUGAACACGAAGAAACAACGACCAUGUUGAAGCGUGUCCAUGACAACCGUAGAGCAGCAGAAAACAUGGCUAAGUCACUGCUACAAAGAUUGGAUAGGAGUUGUGGUGCAAUAGUUUGUCAUGUACCAGGCUGUACAUUGCAACCAUGGGAAGAUCUAUCAUCACAUAGCCACACAAGUACAACAAGUUCAACAGCGAGUAGUUGUGAUACGGAAUUUACAAAAGAUGAUGAGCAGCGUUUAAAAGACUAUAUACAGCAGUUGAGAAACGACAAAGCGGCCGUACGUCUUACUCUCUUAGAAUUAGAAAGUGUUCACAUUGACUCGUUGAGUCAGGAUAUCUCAACACAUCCUGAGAGUCAACGAUUGGAUUUAGAAAAUGCUGUUCUUAUUCAGGAGUUAAAUGCAGUCAAGGAAGAAAAGGCUGAACUGAAAGCACAAAACUACCUUCUAGAGAAAGAGAAGAAAGCAUUAGAAUUAAAACUAAGUACGAGAGAAGCGCAGGAACAAGCAUACCUGGUACACAUAGAACACCUGAAGUCUGAGGUCAAGGAACAAGAACAGGAUGCAGGCAUAGCAGGCACACCAGGCAGCACAACACCAGCCAUUACAUUAGCUGAGUUGAGUAACAUGGAACUGCGGGACUCUGAGUCGGAUCCUUCUGUACCACGGGACUUAGUGGAAGCUCACAAACGAGAGAAGAAAUUAAAACUGAGGGUACAGGAGUUGGUAUCUACGCUGGAAAAAUUACAAAAAAAUUCUGAGAUGAGGCAUCAACAGUCAGCUGAGUUUGUUGCUGAUUUAAAACGGGCCAAUAGUGCAUUGGUGACAGCGUAUGAAAAAGCAAAGAAAAAACACCAAAGUAGAUUGAAAAAAUUAGAAGGUCAAAUGAUGGCGAUGGUGGAAAGACAUGAAACACAGGUACGAAUGUUGAAACAAAGAAUAGCUUUAUUGGAAGAUGAGACUGCUCCAAGUUCUCGACCACCACAUAGUGAGACAUCGUUAUGACAACCAAUGACAUCACAUCAUAACAACCCUUAUUUACUUAAUUAAUUAACUUCCAAAGCCAUUAUAAACUUAUAUAGCAAAAACUACUUUUUAUUUAUUUGACUUUUUGCAAAAGUGAAUGUUUUCAUAUAUUCAACAUGUCCUCCUAUAUCUAAUAAUAUUCAAAUUAGCUUGGCCCUUAAAAUGUAUAAUGUUGUGAAGG